AUGUCGCUUGAAGUCGAUGAGUCGACUCCAAGCACUUCUUCUCCAUCACCGACAAAAGCCGAGGAAUUUCCGUGCUUCUCUUUCCAUUCGAAUGAGACGAUGGGAAAAUUGGGGAAUUUUGAGAUCACCGAAUCGUUGCUUUCACAGCUAUUCACUGCUGAUUUGUUGCAGAAAAUUUACGCCGAACAAGUGCACACCCUCGCCACAGCCCUCAUCAACUUCACUCAAGGCACGCAAAUGGUCGAUUCUGGUAAAUUAAAGGAUCUAGAAGCCACAUCAAAUCCCAUCGAAAUCGAGGAAAAACAAAAACCGAAAAAUAUGGAAAUAACGAGCUCAAGCAAAUAUUCUACCAAUCAAAAUAGAAUCAUGGCCAACGAGCGCGAGCGUCUUCGAGUCCAAUCAAUCGGGAAAAUGUUGACCGAGCUGAGAGAAUGCCUUCCGUGUGCGAGUCCUCGUCUCUCCAAAAUCUCGGUGCUCCGCCUCGCUAUUCAUUACAUUGCCUAUCUGGCGGCGCUCGUUGAUGAAUCAGAGGAAGCCGAAAUUCAUAAGGAAAGGUUUUUGAAGACUCUCGAUGCUCAGACUCGGAGUGAUAAAAGAACUGCUCACAGAUCUCUAUGGCUUUCG